UUCCUCUCGAGAUACUAAACGCGGUUGUGCUUUUAACGUACCAGUUGCUUCCCAUUGAAAGCGAAGCGCCACUUGUCAAACACGCAGCUUUGAACACGUUGACCGGUCCAGAGCAGCGGCGGCGGAGAAGAAGCAGAGUGGGCAGCCUCUUCCUAGGAUAAUAUUCAUAUUUAUUAUUUUCUCUGAGCUGGAAUAGCUGCGACAUCGUGUGAGAUAUGUGCCGGUUUGUCGGGAACCUGCUGCUGUAACGGUUCAGACGGUAACGUUAUCAAAGGCGAAUAACGGAAAGAUGAGACUGUAACGUUACGUACGUAAACUGCUAGACGUAAGUGGCAAAAUAAUCGCAUGUGCUGGCUGGGCUUGGCGCUGGAAAAUGCGAUAUUAACUUUUUUGUAUAUGUGCGCUACAUCUCGUCUUAAGUUAAUUUAUUCAAACAGCUAGCUCUGAAGCUCCUUUCAACGCUGGUCCGUUCAAUGUUUUGUGCGCAUGACUUGGGUUAGCUAGGCGGCUAACCAGGACGCGCUGAUGUGCCCGUGAGCGUAUAACGGAAUGAUGAUCAGAAGAAACUGCCAUCAGACAGGCGCUGAUGGCCUAUAUUAAUUCUCCAACCCUAUUUAAUUAUUGUUUUACGUGCUUCAUCAGAUACAGCCUCAUAGCCGUAUGUGUGGUCAGACCUGGUGGUCCCUGCUAUAGUUAAUAAAACUAUCCAUAUAAAAAUGGGCACGUCUUAAUUUGGAAAACAAAGAAUUAGGCUACUGAGCAGGUCAAGCUGGUUAUCUAGUUAAGCUUGGUUUUAGGGGCGCUAGCAAGCUGGUUGACGGAUUAAGCCACACCGUCUGGGCUGUACUGCACCCUGCAUCCCUUCUGUCUCUCAAUUGGAGUAUUUAUUUUUUCCGGUUUGCACGUUUUUGUUGUCUGUGCACCGCACCACAAUGAGCGGGGACACCGGGCCGGUGGAGGUGGAGCCCAUGCCGGGAUACUUGGACCUCGUCAUCAGAGCCACCACGGUGAUGCUGGGUGCGUGGAGAGACUGUAGUAACUGCGGCGUGGAGCUCUCCAAACGGACUCUCCUGGAUAACGCAUACAUUACCUGCACCGAAAUCGCCCUGUUCUUCUUUUGCGCCUUUUUGUGGACGCAGGUCAGGCGGGGACUGACAGAAAGUCUGUUUCAGCCUCUAGCACAGUGGUGCAGGCUGCUGCCCAAAGAUGCUGCCAAGAUGCCGGAGAGUGCGUGGAAGCUGGUCUUCUACACCAUGUCGUGGUCAUACACCACCUACUUGCUCUUCUUCAGCUCCUACUCCUUUUUCCAUGACCCGCCCUCUGUCUUUUACAACUGGAAGAGCGGUAUGUCAGUGCCUGUAGACAUCGCCAUAGCCUACCUGAUCCAGGGCAGCUUCUACGGCCACUCCAUCUAUGCUACAGUCUACAUGGAUGCGUGGAGGAAGGACUCAGCUGUCAUGGUGGUGCACCACAUCAUCACGCUGGCACUCAUUAGCUUUUCCUAUGCCUUCAGAUACCACAACGUAGGAAUUCUGGUGUUGUUUCUCCACGACAUCAAUGACAUCCAGCUGGAGUUCACCAAGCUCAACAUCUACCUGAAGGCCAGAGGAGAUGGCUAUCACCUGCUCAACGAUGUGCUGUCCAACAUGGGCUCUGUCAGCUUCAGCAUCACUUGGUUCUGGUUCCGCCUCUACUGGUUCCCUCUCAAAGUGCUGUAUGCCACAUGUGUGUCCAGCCUCCAGUCUGUCCCAGACAUCCCCUUCUACUUCUUCUUCAACGCUCUUCUCCUGGUGCUGUUGCUCAUGAACAUCUACUGGUUCUUGUUCAUAGUGGUUUUCGUGGUGAAGGUGCUAAAGAUGAAGGAGGUAAAUGACGUCAGGGAGUACGAUGACGAGGACGGCAGAAAGGAGGAUGCGGGCCUGCUCAGAGACCCUCAGGCAGAAAACAACGAUGAUGAUGCUGGACAUCACAUCUCCCAGGGGAAGCAAGUGCAGAACGGGGUCACCAAGGACAAGCAUCUCUAACAAGCUCUCCGUCGCCACCACCUGGCUCUAGGCUACAAGUACAAGCAAGACAAGAAGCCCUCCUUGGACGGCUCACGCUUAAAUAUGUGGCUGAAAAGAAGAGUGUCACAAUAAGAAAGGAAGGAAAAUAGCUAAGUUAGGCCGCAAUGAGUUUUGACUCUUUCUAUUUGUUUUAGAACAUUUAAUUUCAUCAAUGUAAUUUUGUUUUCAGUAUUAUUUUGUUAGAGCGCUGUGAAUGUUAUUCCGGGUGACUUUUUGUCCUAUUGUUGCUAACUUUACAUUUGAUAGAUUCAGUAGAAACAAGCCAGUUUGAGUAAGAGUUGGACUGUGAUGGUCACAUAUGGCAGUACAGGGUGUCACCUACCCAGACAAGGAAGAGGUUUAGACCUGUAGUGGUUCUGUGAAUUCUUUAUGGAUAAGCUGUGUUUGCAGUCAUGUUUGCUAAUGGAUUCCUUUCCUCCCUUUAACCUCUGUCCAUCCUGUCUGACUCCAGACAUGAAGAGAAAAAGGUUAAAAAACCUGAUUUAAAUGGGAAACCUUGCGUUGCUCUCAUGGUUGCAGUGAUGCAGGACAGAGCCUGACUGGCACUGUCAGGUGGUGUUUGACCACACGUAUUGAUUUCAAUAUCAGUGGUGGGAAUCGCACAGCUCUGGCCCCCUGCAUCCAUUAGUUUAAAUUAAAAAGCCACACUGGUGCUUCAGGAUGUGGCGAGUAUGGAUGUAGCUCUCACCCUCAAAAUCCUUAGUUUCACAACAUUUCACCUCUCACUUUGAUUUCUUUUGACAUUGUCUCUUGUAUUGACGAUCAACAUUAGAAAUUCAUUUGGCAUUCUUGUUUAGAAAAAGCUUUUGUUUUUUGUUUAUUUUUCCUGUUUUACAAAGCAUCUGUUGCUGCACUGACAUGAAGGCAUACAAGCUGAUUGCUGGUUUAAUGACAGCAAAUAGCUAGAAUUUGUUGACUGUGUUUCACUAUCAUCCUCAUGAUUUAAUUUGUUCAAACAGUAUGGAUUUUAAUAACACUCAUGACUAUUUUAUAAGUUUGUGGGCGGUGACCAUCAUGUUCACAGAAAAAUUGGAACCCGGAACUUGUGUAAAGAUGAAAAUCAGUAUGCAUCAUGUAUACGCACCUUAUGGUAUUCAGGAAUGAAUGACAUCGAAUUAUUUUGGAAAUGCUAUGUAAUCAUGUCUAUUAAUGCCUAAAACUCAUCCCUAGUGAUCUUUUUUUGAAGCAGCAGCGACCACUGAACACACAUAAUGUUGACUGACAUACAAAUACAAACCAGUGUGUGAUAAACCUUAAAUGAUGAAUCUCAGACACAUUAAAACAUGUGAAGGAACCAGA